UCCAGAUGCUGAUGCAGGUAUCCUGCCCAGGUCUCUUGAUGUGAUCUUCAGCAGCAUCGAUGAACAGGUUUUCCCUGGGAUGAGCAUCAAACCUCACCGCUGCCGAGAGUUCACGCGUCUCACCAGGGAGCAGCAGGCCGAGGAGGCGCUGUUCAAGAGAAACCUCUUCAAGCUGUUGAAAGAGAGUGAGAGGAGCAACGCCAGCAUUUUGAACGUGACCAAUAAGACUCUCCUUGAAGCUCCCUCCAUCCUGGGGACGUCUGUAGCAGCAGAGGACAGAAUCAGCCUGGAGGUGGAAACAAACACCAAGUUCUCCGUCUGGGUUUCCUUCUGUGAAAUCUACAACGAGAACAUUCACGACCUCCUGGAGGUGGCGCCCAGCGCGGCCCCGCGGAGGACAGUGCUGCGCCUGUCGCAGGACGUCAAGGGCAACGCUUUUGUCAAAGACCUGCGUUGGGUUCAGGUGAACAGUGCAGAAGAGGCUUACAAGGUGAUGAAGCUGGGCAAGAGGAACCAGAGCUUCUCCUCCACCCGACUCAACCAGCUCUCCAGCAGGAGUCACAGUAUUUUCUCCAUCCGUGUUUUGAGGAUCGAGGACAUCGGGACUCCGAGGGUUCACACAGUCAGUGAGUUGUGUCUGUGUGACCUGGCCGGCUCCGAGCGUUGCGCCAAGACCCAGAAUAAAGGCGAGCGUCUGAAAGAAGCGGGAAACAUCAACACCUCGCUGCUCAUCCUGGGAAAAUGCAUCAACGCACUGCGACACAACCAGCAGGCCAAGCUGCUUCUGCAUGUUCCCUUCAGGGAGAGCAAGCUGACCCACUACCUGCAGGGCUUCUUCUGUGGUCGAGGUAAAGCUUGUAUGAUCGUCAACAUCAACCAGUGCGCCUCCAUGUACGACGAGACGCUCAACGUCCUCAAGUUCUCUGCUGUGGCGCAGAAGGUUGUGGUUCUGUCCACACGGCCCCCUCCCAUCAUCCCCCAGAGAUCUGCCAGCGAGGCAUCCGUCAUCACCAACAGCGGUGAGAAGAGGGCUGCCCGGAGCAGCAGGAGGAGCUCCUUGAAUGGCUGGGAAAGCAGCCUGGAGGAUGUGCAGGAGGAUGUGGGCGAUGAGUGUGAGGAAGAAGACAGCCUGAUGGAAGUAACCGUGGAUCAGACAGGCAAUGAAGAAGACGAAGACAAAAUUCUCCUGAGUAAAAAGAUGCACCAGAGGCAGGUGGCGCUGUUGAAGCAGCUGCAGGUGCAGCUGAAGAAGGAGCGGGCCGAGAGUCUGCUCCUGGAGGCGCGAGUGAGAGAGGAGAUCAGCAGAGAGUUCUCCGAGCUUUUCUCUGAGAUGCAGAACGACUACAGUGACCGUCUGGGGAGAGAGCGGGAAAUCCUGGAGGAGCGAGCGGAGAGGAGGCUCGAGAUCUUCAAGAACCUUAUUGACAAAAUGGCCAAAGCUGGAACCGGUCACAACGCAAACGUCAUGGACAAAUCUCUGGACUCCUUCUCCUCUGACCUGGCGGGUAUAAAGGAGGCCGCUGAAGCUGCUCAUAAGUGUCUGGACUCGGGCCAAGCGGGGCGUCGUGGAGACGGGAGCGACGCCGUGGAGGAACUGGAGAGGAAGGUGUUGGAACUGACCAAGCACCAGCAGAUGGCUCACAAACACAAUGGAGAAACCAGCGGAGAGGAGGAUGAGGAGAAAAGGAGGCUCCUCUUCCAGCUCCAGGAGAAGUCGUCACAGAUUGUCCUGCUGGAGAAACGAGUGGAGGACCUGCAGAGGGAGGCGGAGCCGAGCUCGCAGGGCCGCCGCCCCCUGAGAGACCGGCUGCAGGAGGCGUUGACCUCCCUCGAGGAGGAGCAGAAGGCCAGAGAAGACGCCCUCACCGCUCUGGAGUACCAGACGGUCGGCAAAGAGGAGGCACUGGCUUCCUUAGAGGAGGAGAGGAAAGCGAGGGAGGAGACCCUCGCCACACUCGGGGAGGUGAGGCGAGGCAGAGGGGAGGUCGAAGCCUCGCUCGAUGAAGAGAGGAGAGACAAAGAGAAAGCCGUGGCAGGCCUCGCAGAAGAGAGGCGGCGCAGAGAGGAGGCGCUUGCUGCUCUGGAGGAGGCUCGGUCGGCUCUGGAGACGGAGAGGAAGGAGAGAGGAAAGAAGCAGCAGGAGGGCGAAGCGCUUCAGCAGGAAGUCAGAGAGCUGACUGACAAACUGGAAGCUGCAGAACGCCAGGUGACGAGCGAGACGGAGAGAGCCGAACGAGCGCUGGUCCAGCUGCAGUCUGCUCGGAAACAUCUGGAUGACCACUCCAAGCAGAUCCAGGAGAAGACGUCCCAGAUCCACACCCUGACGCAGGAAGCUGAAGGCCUGACGCAGGAACUGCAGACCACCGCAGCGUCGUCUGACGGCGUCAGCGCUCGGCUGAGAGACGAAGUGUCGGAGCUCAGGAAGAAUCUGGCUGACGAAAAGGAGAAAAGCGAGAGAAGUCGCAGACGAAUGCCGGAGCUGGAGCGUGAGCUCGCACAGGCAAAGGAACAGCUGGCGCACAAGCAACAGCUGGAAGAGUUUAAUGAGAAGCUCAGUCAACAGAACGAAGCUUCAAAACAGCAAAUUGAAGAGCUGAGAAAGAAGCUUGAGGAGCAAGAGGAGCUCCGCUCCAAGCUUGAAUGUCAAGAGCUCGCUUCCAGAGAAGAAGUCGAACAGCUGAGAGCAAAACUGGAGGAACAAACGCAGGCCUCAGAAAAGCAGGUGGAGGAUCUCAACGAGAAGCUGCGAGAGCAGAAAGCGGAGUCACAACAGCUGCUGGAGGAGCUUGAACACAAACUGAGCGAACAGAAAGAAACCUCCGACAAACUCUUAGACGAUCUGAAGCGGAGGAUUAGUGAACAGGAGCAAACUGCAGAGCAGCUCAAGGCCGAGCGAGGAGAGGCUAAAGGUUCGAGCAGUUCCUGCAGCGCUGCUGCUGAAGAAGAGCUCAAGAGUUUGAACUCUGAUCUCCAGGCAGAGGUGGCGUCCCUGAGGGCAAAGCUCUCCAACAUGGAGGAAACAAAGGAGUCUCCGUGCAAACCCGAAGCUCAGCGAGCCUCUUCAGAGACGGAGAGAACGCUAAAGGAAAAGGACGGACAGAUGGAGGAGAAGCUAGCAGAGGCGGAGAAAGCGUCCGCAGAGAGAGAGGCAGAGCUGCAGAAAAAGCUGCUGGAGGCAGGAGCGCAGGUAAGAACCCUGCAGAAGAGCCUGAAGGAGGCGCAGGAGCGGCGGGAGGAGGAGGAGAGCCAGGCGGUCCAGGAGGCCCGGCGCAGGGAGGCGGAGCGGCGCCGGGAGCUGCUGGCCGUCGCACAUGAGGCCAUCGCUCAGAAGGACGAGGAGCUGGAGAAGAGAGCCGAGGAGAUCAGCAGACUAAAAGAAAGCGCCAAACGGGACUCAGAGAAAGUCAAGAGCCUCGGCGUCGACCUCCAGAGGAAAGAGGACGACACCUCAGACCUCCGAGAGAAACUGGCCGACUACAAGAAGCAGAUCCAGCAGGUCCAGAAGGAGAUUUCGGCCAUGAGAGAAGAGGAGAAGCUUUUGAGGCAGAAACUGUCUGACGUGGAGAAAAGCAAGAAGCAGCUUCAGUCUGAGGUCGCCGGCAGAGACAGAACCAUCCAGCAGCUCAAACUGGAACAAUCAUCCGAGGCCAAGUCCGACCAGACGCUGCAGCUCUACCAGAAGUCCUGUAAAGACCUGGAGGCCAAGGAGCGUGUGAUCGAGGACAUGCGCUUGGCUCUGACGGAGCAGGAGGAGACGCAGGAGGAGAUGGAGAAUGUCCUGGAGGAGAAACUCGACCUCGUGCAGGAACUCUCCGGUGAAGUGGAGAAAUUGAAGGGGAUGUUGUUACAGCAGGACCGUGGAAACAACACGCACCGUCCACUCGACAGCCAAUCAGACGACCUCAAGCUGGCCAGACAGGAAGCCGCCCGAGCCCAGGAAAGCUUGAAGCUGUGUACAGACAAACACCAGGCCGAACGCAAAAAGUGGCUGGAGGAGAAGCUGUCCCUGAUUGGUCAGGCUAAAGAGGCCGAGGACAAGAGGAACCAGGACAUGAGGAAGUUUGCAGACGACAGAGAACGCUACAACCGGCAGCAGAGCCAGCUGGAGUCCCUGUCGUCCCAGCUGUCCGUGAAGGACGAGACCAUGGAGAAGUGGAGGAAGGAGAGAGACACCCUGGUCGCAGCGUUGGAGGUCCAGCUCCAGAAACUUCUCUCCAGCCAAGCGGAGAAAGACAAACUCAUCCAGGAGCUUCGGCAGAACAACACGAAGCCGCCACAAGAGUGUGCUGAUGGCGGUGAUGGCGGUGAUGGCGUGGCGGAGCUGCAGGCUGCUCUGCGUGAGAGAGAGGCCGACAUCCAGAGACUGAAGGAAGCGCUGAAGGCCUCCACAUCCAGACAGGUGGACUCAGUCGCUCAGACGAGAAGCAACCGGAGCCCUGCUACACCGGGAGAGAAACCCCAGAGUGAAACCCUCAGCAGGAAGUCUGGAGGAAGGAGGGACACCAGAGCGUCGGUCAGCAGCCAGGGCUCAGCUGGCUGUCCGUCAGUCCUCGACUCCUCUGAGAUCUCCACGGAAAACGGGAGGACGAGCCGCUUCCCCCGGCCGGAGCUGGAGAUCUCCUUCAGCCCUCUGCAGCCCAACCGCAUGGCGCUGCGGCGGCAGGGAGAGGAGAGCGCCGUCACCGUCAAAAUCACCCGCUCGGCGCGCAAGAGGAAGAGCGGAGAGAUGGAGAAGGAGGAGGUGGAGGCAGAGAACAGAAGGAACACAAGGACCAAACUGACGGCGAAGCUGACGGCACACCAGGAGGAGAUCUCCUCCCCGCCGGGUCGCCACGACUCCCGCAGCAGAAAGGAGGGAACGCUGCAGAAGAUCGGAGACUUCCUGCAGAGCUCGCCCACGCUGCUCGGCACAAAAGCCAAGAAGAUGAUGAGUCUGGUGAGCGGCCGCGGUGACGUGGACUCAGCCGCCGCCUCUUCCUCCUCUUCCUCCUCUUCCUCCCUCAGUCUGAGAGCCAAGAAGAACAAAAGGAAACUCUACAGGCCUGAAAUCUCCUCCCCCAUGGACAUGCCCUCGCACCCGAUCAUCAGCAGAGAGCCGGAGGAGAAGGAGAGCGACCAUCAGAUCAUCAAGAGGCGUCUUCGCUCCAGGACGGCUAAAUAAUGAACCUUCAUAUUGUGCUGUGCGCCAUCCGUUAGCCUGAUGUCUUAGCAAAUGAAGGGACCAGUCAGCUGCUAACAAGGCCAGCUCAAUUUUCCAUGUGACAGAGGCGGGAAAUUCUCGAUAUUUAACGUUUUAGAAUAGAGCAAAGUCACUGUUAAAGGCGGCAGUUUAAUGAAGAGUUCAACAUUUCGUGAAGUAAGCUGAUUCUCUUUUCUGCCCAGAGUCAGACGGGAUGAUCAGCAUCGCUCAUGUCUGCGUGGAGCUGCAGCAAGGUGGCAGUUAGCUUAGCAUAAAGACUGGAAGCGGGGGGAACCGUUAGCCUGACUGUCUCCAUAGUUAAAAAUACACCUCGCACCACCUUUAAUGCCGACGUUCAUCUUCUAUUUUUGAUGUUUGAUCCAUAAACAGUGGAACUAUUCGACAAUCAACAGCUUAUCUUCUGGUCUUGAUGCUAAGCUAAGCUAACGAGAGUGGCAUCCAUCUUGUCAUCUAUGUCUCUGCAAGGAAAAAUCUCCAAAAUGUUGAACUUUCCCUUUAAAAUACUGUCUUAUAAUCAACUGUUGACUGUAAUGUCCAUAUUUAGCAUCACUUCAUAUAUUUUAUUUAACGCGAAGCACUCUGAAUCUUUCCUUCACACUUUACAGACAGAUGCUGAUUUUCAUUUUUUACUUUAUGUGCAAUUUGUUGUGGAGGAUUGGCGGCUGUGCUGGAGUUCGUUCGGUGUUACUGGUUUGUUCGUUGUGAGGAAGCUGCAGCCGUUAAAGUGUAGAGUCGUUUUUCAUCUCUGACGUUUUCCUGUUUGUGAGAAGCAACAGAAAACUUUAUUUUCAUCUUCUCGUGAACCACUAACUCACUGUUUUCCUUAACGUGAUAUCAGCAAAGCUACUAAUGGAGCGUUGAACAAGUUCAGGAGACAAAUAUCUCUGUAGUUUACUUUGUAUUCAGCUGUAGAACUUCGACCUUUCACUACAUUCAAUAAACUCCUUCUGCACUUUAUCUCUUUGAGAACAGAUUGAAGAACAGGAACAAACAGUGAUCGAACACUAAGAGUAGAGACGAGCAGGAUAAAUUCAUCAAUGGUUCUACUGUGUAUUUUUUUGGACUUUGUGGAUGUUGAGCUCGUUAUAUCCGGUUCCAGAUGAAGGAUUUCUGAGUUUUUUCUUUUGUACAGAACAUUAAAGUCGUGGUAAAGCUGCCUGAGGUUUAAAAAAAAUAAUUAUUAUUAUUUUUGCUCCAAUACUAAUCUUUAUUUUCUGAAAUCGUGCACUUUUCUGUCAUUAUUCUGUCAUUAUUAUCAUGUUUAUUCUUCUAUUUCAUUCCAUCGUUCUGAAGGUCACAUCAGUCAUUUACCGAUUAAAAAAUACAAAACAG